AUGAGUUCGGCUAGGUUACGGGCAGCUGAGCCCAUAAUCAAGGCCACCAUUGACGAAUACACCACGGGAGCCAACCGUCGGAUCGCUGGGCUGUACUAUACAGCUGUUCGUGGUGAUGGCGAAUUACUUUUUGAGUAUGCGUCUGGCACGAGAGGUCUGCAUUGUCCCGAGCCCAUGUCGGAAGACACGGUCUUCUGGCUAGCAUCCUUCACGAAACUUUGCACGUCGAUUGCCGCUAUGCAGCUUGUUGAGCGCGGAGUCUUGGAUUUAGAUAAUUCCCAGCAGCUCGAGUCCAUUGCACCGGAGCUCCGCGACAUCAAGGUACUGCAGGGAAAUAAAGGAGGCGGCCUCUUGGUACCCAAAAUGGGCAGUAUAACAUUGCGAAUGCUUCUCACUCAUACAGCCGGCUUCGGGUACGCCUUUGAGGACGAGAAGUUGGCCGAGUACGGGAGACCAGUGGGCCUAGACGAUUUCUGCGGAGAGCCAUCCGACCUGUUUCGACGUCCACUCGUCAAUCAUCCUGGCGAGAAAUUUCAAUACGGAACCAGCAUGGACUGGGUCGGCAUCCUCAUAGAGCGAGUAACUGGGAUAUCUCUCGAGCUAUACUUUCGGGAAAACAUCUUUCAGCCACUCGGCAUUGAAAGCAUCACUUUCCAUCCCUCCGAAGAGCAUGUCACGAAUCUGGCAUAUAUGCACCGACGAAAUAAAGAUGGCAGUCUGGCCCAUGCAGACCACAUAUAUUCCGAACCACUCAGAGCAGCCACGAGUCCGUCACGGGACAAUGUUUUCUGUGCUGGUGGCCACGGCUGUUUCGGAAAGCCUUCAGACUUUGCUAAAAUCAUUGCCAUGCUCUUGAACCAAGGCAGGGAUGCAACAACAGGCCGGGAAAUCCUCCAGAAAUACACUGUCAAAGAAAUGUUUCGAGAUCAGCUUGUGGACAAGCCUCGAUAUAGUAGCGAAAGCGUUCCAGUGGCCAAACCAUGGCUUGCAAACCCAACACCCCUAUUUCCCGUGGCCAGUGAUCAUACUGAAGGAUGGGGACUCUCGUUCUCCAUUAGCCAUUUUCCGCAUUCUACGGGACGAGCUGCCGGCUCUGCGAGUUGGGAAGGCUUGGCGAAUUUGUUCUGGUUUGCUGACCCGGUGAACAAUGUUGGCGGUAUCAUUGCUUCACAAAUUCUACCUUACGGAGAUGCAUCUGUCAUUGAAUGUUCGGAUCGUGUGGAAAAAAUGGUCUACUCAAGUUUGGGAAUCUCAUAA